CCUAACUAAUUCCCUCCAACUAUCCAGUUUCCCCUGAAAUACAAAAGAACCAAAAGCACCACCUUUCUUCUUACACUAAUUUACAUAUGGGUUUCCAUGAAAAUCCCACCAAAACAAUCUCAUUUUUUCAAACCCAUUUUGCCAGGUUUCAACAAUGGUCUUAAAAUACCUAUAGGUUUCUUGAAGUAUUUGAAGGGGCAGGAACAUGUUAAAUGUGGUGUACUGAAAAGGGAUGGUAAGAAAUGGAGGGUUAAGGUGAAUGGCCGGAAACUGGAAGAGGGUAAUUGGGGAAAAUUUAUAGAGGAGUUUGAUUUGCAAGUGGGAAAUAUAUUGGUGUUUAGUCAUGAAGGAAAUAUGGAAUUUAAGUUUCAGAUUUUGAUUCGAGUCAAUGUAGUAGAGAAUAUGCAGAAUAUAUGCAAGAAGACGUGGUCGAGGAUGAGGUGGAGAUGGACGAGGAGGAAGAAGAGGAGGACGAUUACGAGGUGGAAGAGGAGGAGAACGAGUACGAGGUGGAGGAGGAGGAGGAGUACGAGGUGGAAGAAGAGGAGGAGAACGAGUACGAGGAGGAUGAGGAUGAGGACGAGGAGGAGGAAGCAGAAGAAGUUGCUACCGCUACCGAUGACAAUUCUUGUGAAAGAUCUCAUUUUGAAUGCACUAUUGGAAAAUAUUGCCUUUUCAGAAGCACCUAGGUAUGCCUCAAAACUUUUUUUUUUUUUCACGUGGAACUCUUCAAGAAUAUUAGCUCCCGUUUGACUAUAGAUUUUAAAUUUGAAACUUGAAAACUUGAGUUUUGAAGAUGCGAUUGAAUAUGUAUUUUAGUUGGAAAUUGAAGUUUUGUGAGUG